AUGCUGCUGGGAGGCCCUUCCCUGCGACACGGGUGGCAGCCGGCGCACCCCGGGAAGGAGGGCACUGUGCACCCCACCAGGGGCCCCAGGCAGGCAAGGGCACAGCUGGGUGAACGCACAGCUGGACAAGGGUGCAGCGGGGGAGCACACACGUACGGGCGAGCACAGGGCUGGGCGGGUGGGCACAGCUGGGUGAGGGCACACAUCUGGGCAAGACUCUGGCCUGAGCGGCCUGAAGAGGACCAAAAGCUGAUUUAUUCUGGGAAGCUGCUGCUUGAUGAUCAUUACCUGAGAGAGUUGCUGCCAAAGCAUGUGGAGUUGCAUGCUCUUCAUCUGGUAUACAACUUCAAGACUCCUGUGAAUGUGCAAGAAACCAAUGCAGAGGUUAAAGCUGAUCAGCCAAAGUUACCGUCAGAAGCUAGUCAGGAACCAUCUGUAGCUUCCUCAAAUGGUGAAAGACCAAGAUGUUCUUCUAGUGGCCAGUCUUCAGCAGAAGCUAGUAACAGGCUUGAAACAACUCGGUGUCCUUUCCAAGGUGUGGCUCCUGGCUUCUCUGCUUAUACAACCUACAGCAUGCUUCAGAUGUCCUGGUUUCAGCAGAUUUAUGCAAGACAAUAUUACAUGCAAUACUUGGCUUCUACUGCUGCAUCUGCUGACCCAUCCCAUACACAGCGUCCUCAGGAGAUACCGGUGGCACCAGUGACACCCCCAGCUCCUCUCCCAGACCCAUUCCCUGCACAAAAUCAGCCUGUAAACCAGAAUGCUGCUGCCCAGGUUAAUGCAGUGGCCAACCAGAACUUGCGGAUGAAUGCCCAAGGGGGUCCCCUCAUGGAGGAAGAGGAGGAGGGUGGCAAUCGAGAUUGGUUGGACUGGCUCUACUCAGCAACACUGUUCUAUGUUUUUGUCAACAUUAUCUAUUUCUACUCCAGUGUCAGCAGGUUCCUCCUGGUUAUGAGUGGCACUGUUCUGAUGUAUCUGCAUCAUGUUGGAUGGCUUCCAUUUAGACGAAGACCAGUUCAGCCCUUCCCAGGCAAUGUUCCUCCUCAAGCUGCUGUAAACCAGGACCAGAACAAUAACUUGCAGGGGGGAAAUGCAGGCAGAGCAGAUGAACCCGAGGCAUCUCCUGAUGAGGGACAAGUUUUACAAGAACUGCAGCAGGCCAACCCUUCAUUUAUGAGCACAGCAUGGGUCUUUUUCAAGACUUUCUUUGCAUCUCUCCUUCCAGAAGGGCCCGGAGUGACCCGCAACUGA